AUGGAUAUGGAUAGUCCUGAUCUUGAGUUUCCCCAUAUUCAAAACUUGUUUGCAGACAGAGGGAGCAUUGAGGAAUUGGACUCUAAAUCAGGACAUGCCAUUGAGAUAGGAACUCAAGCAGUGUGGUCAGUGUCUUCCUGCAAGUCUGGGUACGGAGUAACACAUCUCCGAGAUAAUUCGAUGGAAACCUACUGGCAGUCUGAUGGUGCCCAGCCACAUCUUAUCAAUAUUGAAUUUACAAGGAAAACUGCGAUUAGGACUAUAAAAGUGUUUGCUGACUACAAGCUAGAUGAAAGUUACACUCCCAGCAAGAUAUUUGUAAGAUGUGGAACCAACUUUCAUGAUCUUCAGAAAAUAACGACAGUUGACUUAGAAGAGCCUGAAGGUUGGGUGGAUAUUGACAUACUGGAUGAGAAUGAACAGCCUAUAAAAGCAUUUGUUUUUCAAGUGGCUGUAUUAGCAAAUCAUCAAAAUGGGAGAGACACUCACAUACGACAAGUCAAGGUCUUUGAACCAAAAUGGUCAUCAGAGAGCAGGACUAACACAGAAAAAGAGUUACUCAAAGACACAGACUUUCGGAGUAUUGAUUUCACAUCUAUGCUAUGUUUAAGAUAAUAAUUAAUUAUGGCAAUCAACGUUGACUUAUACUCUCAUUACACUCUUUCGUUCACAUUUGAUAUCGUGUUUCUUUGUUUUC